UAGACUAAUUCCGUGGAGGUUGAAAAGGCGAGAAACACACUCAUUCAACGACUUUAACUAAUGAUAAAGGUUUACUGCGCAUCAUUCUCGUGUAAAGUGAGGUCAUCCUGGAUUUCCCGCAGAAAGUACAUCAAGAACGAGAAAGCGACUGACUUCUCUUUGAGUAACCAACUAAGGGCGCAUCGGACGCGCGCUAUGAAAAAGAACAGAAGCGCACCAGACGAGAGACUUCCCGAAAGAGUUUUCAUUCCUCAACGGAGAGUUAACAUGACUGGAUGUGAGUCGAAUGGAAUGGAAUAGAAUGGCUUCUCAAUCUCACGGAUGUCUGAGGGAUGGCAGCUUUUUACAAUCAUCAUCACCAUCUUCCAAACGCGGACUUGCGGAGGCUCUUCCACCGGCUCACCAUCGCGUCGUCUCUAAGCAUCCUUUGCUUCUCCCUGGUCUACCUCCUGGCCGGAUGCUGCCAUUCGGGGCUUGUCGAAAACUCUGACAGCAAGUCACCCGUGCUCGGAUUGCAGUACGAGAGAAACGGCACCGGGGCUUCCAAAGUCGCGUCAUCCAGCGAGGGUGCGUUCUCUGGUCAGGCCGCGCUAGAGGCGAACGGCACCGGGAAGGAAUGGACGGCCACUCGGAGGUUACCUCAAGCGCUGAUUAUUGGGGUUAAGAAGGGAGGAACAAGAGCUCUUCUGGAGUUUCUGCGACUUCAUCCUGAUAUUCGAGCUCUUGGUUCCGAACCACACUUUUUUGACCGACAUUACGCACGAGGAUUGGAAUGGUACAGGAGUAUGAUGCCCAAAGCACUGGAUGGCCAGAUUGUCAUGGAGAAGACGCCACGCUACUUUGUUACCGUGGAAACACCCUCAAGAGUCCACGCGAUGUCACAAGACGUGAAGCUGAUUGUAGUCGUGCGGGAUCCGGUGACCCGAGCUAUAUCUGACUAUACUCAGAUCAUCUCCAAGACGCCUGACAUCCCUUCUUUUGAGAGCCUCGCCUUCAAGAACCGUACUACAGGUCAGAUUGACGCUCAGUGGAGCCCUCUAUGGAUCGGCCUAUACGCCCAGCACCUGGAGCGAUGGCUGGCAUGGUUCCCUCGGAAUCAGGUCCAUCUGGUCAGCGGCGAAAGACUCAUCUCAGAUCCUGCUGGGGAAGUGGGGAAAGUCCAGGACUUUCUGGGCCUCCAGCGGAUUGUCACAGACAAGCACUUCUACUUCAACAAAACGAAAGGAUUCCCCUGCCUGAAGAAGCCCGAGGGGAGCAGUAAACCCCACUGCUUGGGGAAAACCAAAGGAAGGACGCAUGCCUCAAUCGACCCGGAGGUGAUGCAGAAACUGAGGGAUUUUUACAAGCCUCACAACCAGCGUUUUUAUUUGAUGGCGGGACAAGACUUUGGGUGGCAAUAGGACGUCAAAUAGUAUUUUGUUAGCAAUGAGCUCAUUCAAUAAUGGAGAUAUACUAAAAAGCCUUUUCUGUGAGACUCGUUAAUAAAUGUUAAUACUACUUUUUCACUGUACGGUAACAGAUGCCUAGCUUCUUGUUUUCUUCUACUGCUCUUUCAUUUUCAUUGUACUUUCCUGCUUUCUGGUAGCUCCUCACUUUACAGUUCAAGCUCAGUAGGUACUAGGACAUACAGUAUAAAGCUUGAAGACGCACGAAUGACACCUUGUUUCAAGCUUCUAACAAUAGCAAUCCCAGCCCUGUUUCAUUUGACUCGUAUACAGCAGGAGUCGCCAACCUGUUCCACAAAAGCCCGCUGUGGGUGCAGGAUUUCAUUUCAACAAAACAAAGUGACACCUUUUCAUCAAUCUGGUGUUUGACAAGUGCAAUCAGUUGCUGAAUAUUUUAGCAGAAACCUGAUUGGUUCAACUGUCUGUGCUGCUGUGUUGGAACAAAAACCAGGACACAGAGCAGGCCUUGAGGACCGAUUUGGAGACCCCUGACACAGUACCUCUGCAACCCAGAGAAGAGUCUUUUGACUCUUUUCCCUGGUUUACAUGUGCGUUUGUUGUGACAACUAAUGCGAUGCUAAUUGGCUAAUUUCCCUCCGCCUUCAAAUUUUGCAAAAAGGGUCUGAGGUUGGGGGCAACCCCCCUUCGGUUGCUCAUCCUCCCUUAUCAGGGAGAAUGCAAACAUUCCUCAAGAAAUAGCCUCAUUUGCAAAUGAAUACAUACGAGCCAUAUGAAGCAGAGUCGGACCUUAAGCUGCAUUCAGAGUGAAGGCAGAUCUGAUUCCAAUUGGAUUCUCCUCAAAUUGGAUUUUUAGGGCUGACUGUUCACACUAUUCUAGAAAGUUUCCAAAUUCCAUCUGAGCUGUUCAAACUGAGAAGCAUCUUGUCCAUAAUGGUUAUGAAACUACCUCCCGUAUGCGGCUUCAAUCAGUCCCGCAAAAAUCAGAUUUCUGUGCUUUGGGACUUUUUUAAAAAUCUGAUUCAAAUCUAGUUUCAGUUUGGAUGGGCUGUAAAGUCUGAUUUUGAAAAAUCGCAUUCAAAUCCAGUUUCAAUCUGGAUGAGCUAAAAAUCAGAUUUUUAAAAAUCGGAUUCAAAUCCAGUUUCAAUGUGGAUGGGCUAAAAAUCUGAUUUGUAAAUAUUGGAUUCAAAUCCAGUUUCAAACUGGAUAGGCUAAAAAUCUUAUUCAAAUCGAGUUUCAAACUGGAUGGGCUAAAAAUUAGAUUUUUAAAAAUCAGAUUCAAAUCCAGUUUCAAUCUAGAUGGGCUAAAAAUCAGAUUUUAAAAAACUUGAUUCAAAUCCAGUUUCAAUCUAGAUAGGCGAAAAAUUAAAUUUUUGCAAAUCUGAUUCAAAUCCAGUUUCAAUCUGGAUGGGCUAAAAGUCUGAUUUUGAAAAAUUGGAUUCAAAUCACGUUUCAAUCUGGAUUGGCUAAAAAUCUAACUUGUAUAAAUCGCAUUCAAAUCCAGUUUCAAUGUGGAUGGGCUAAAAAUCAGAUUUUUAAAAAUCUGAUUCAAAUCCAGUUUCAAUCUGGAUGGGCUAAAAAUCAGAUUUGCAAAAAUCUGAUUCAAAUCCAGUUUCAAUCUGGAUGGGCUAAAAAUCAGAUUUUUACAAAGCUGAAUCAAAUCAAGUUUCAAUCUGGAUGGACUAAAAUCUGAUUUUGAAAAAUUGGAUUAAAAUCACAUUUCAAUCUGGAUUGGCUAAAAAUCUAACUUGUAAAAAUCACAUUCAAAUCCAGUUUCAAUCUGGAUGAGCUAAAACUCAGAUUUUUAAAAAUCAGAUUCAAAUCCAGUUUCAGUCUGGAUGGGCUAAAAAUCAGAUUUGUAAAAAUCGGAUUCAAAUCCAGUUUCAAUCAGGAUGGGCUAAAAAUCAGAUUUGUAAAAAUCUUAUUCAAAUCCAGUUUCAAUCUGGAUGGGCUAAAAAUCAGAUUUAAAAAACUGGAUUCAAAUCCAGUUUCAAUCUGGAUGGGCUAAAAACCAUUUUUACAAAUCUGAUUCAAAUCAAGUUUCAAUCUGGAUGGACUAUAAAGCAGAUUUUAAAAAAUUGGAUACAAAUCCAGUUUCAAUCUGGAUGGGCUACAACACCUGAUUUGUAAAAAUCGGAUUCAAAUCCAGUUUCAUUCUGGAUUGACUAAAAAUCAUCCAAUCCAAAAUGAAACUAGAUUUUUUUUUUUUUUUUUGUAGCCUGAUUCAACACAUAGCACGCACAUCUGUUUUUUGCGAGAUGCAUUGGAACCACAUAUGGGAGAUAGUUUCAUAUCAGAUAUGGACAAGUUGCUUUGUCAAUCUGAACAGCUCAGAUGGGAUUUGACUGUCCGUGACAUCACUCUAUGCUGGAUGGCACCUUUGUUGCCACAGCAGCCUGUCCGAUGUGUCAAUAAUGUGGACCAGAUCCGAUUUGGACACUUGAAUACGACUGGAAUCAGAUUUUGGCUACCAGUCGGAACGCAGCCUAGAGAGCAGUGCAAAACCUGGGAUUGCUAGUGUGUGCUAAAAAACACAUUGCAGUUAGUUGUAUAAAAGUGGCACCUAACAUCCACGAUGAUAGUUGCAACUUUAGCUCAUUUUUACCUGUUACUUCUACUUUCCACAAGGCCAAUCAAUCCGCUCCUACUGUGUGACAUUACACAAGUAUAAUUUUCUAAAAAAGGGAUGAAUCUUUUAUGUGGCUAACGACUGAGACGGAGGAGCGAGAGGGUCUUGAAAUGAGCUCACGUCAGACUGAGUGGUUUUGUAUUCUUGAAUAAUGAAUGUGGCUAAAUGGAUGUAGGUGGUGGAAGUGAUGUGCAUCACUUGGCCCCUAAGCACUUGUAGGCAGGGCUGUAAGUGUGUGUGAUGUGGCUUGGGUCAACACAUUUGGGGGAGUGAGAUGUCCAAAUGGAUGACAAACCCAUACGAGAAGUUGAGAACAACGCAGGGUCUUGGUUCUCACUUCGGAUGUUUAAAAAUGCCAGGCUUGGUGAUGCCUAUUGACUGACAGGGUCUUAUUUUUGCAUGUGUUUGCACUAGUUUGAAACAAAAUGGAAACUAUUUUUUCAGGGAAAAAACAUAUAGAAACUUGAAACCUGUUACAUUUUCGUAUUUCGUUGGGAUUGCUUUUACAUGAUUAAAACGUGAUUAAUAUCAUAUUGCAUCAGGUUGUUUUUAAGGUGUUUUUUUUCCAGGAUAAAAUACGUAUGCACUGUAUGUCCAUUUAUUGAAAAAAUAAAUAAAACUAGAAUUGCAGCAACUAUGUUUUCAACUUUUGAUUAAUGCAGUUUUUAUGGUCUACAAGCAUUAGCGGAUUUUAAGGGGGGCAGGGGAGCCAGGGCCCCCUGGUGGCCGAAAAGUGUCAUUGCAUGAAAUUGACUUUCCUAUACUGUAUAUAUAAAAGUUGUAAAGCAAUAAAAGUGCAACAAAAAUGAAUG